GUGAUUGGUUCAUUGCUUGAUUCAUUCAGCGACCAUUUCCUCAGUGCCUAGUAAAUGCCGGGCACCCCUGUGUUUCACAGUAGUCUGUUCACAAUAGCCCUGUGAGUAGGUACUACGAUGCUCUUUGUUUUACAGAGAGAAAGCAAGAACAGAAAGGCUGGGAAACCUAACCAAAGUCACACAGUAAAGUGGAGGGAGGGAUCCUUUUUCUUUUUUCGUUUUUUCGGCAUAGCGCUUAUGCCUUUCCAACAAACGCACCCUAAAUUUAUCACUUUGCUGGCUCACUGUAUCUCCCCUGCUAAGAGUAUGGCUCCGCAAGAUGGCGGAACUCUGAAGUUUUGUUCACGUAGAACAGUAGAACCCGUAGAACAGGCACACAGUAGGCCCUGACCUCUUAUGAAACGAAUAAAAGCCGCAGAGCAGGCAGUCAGUUUCGUUCCAGAGCCCAGACCUUAUCGGGCGGUAAUUGAGCUCUUACUGAAUGUCAAUUCUUAAAACUACAGUGAGGCACUGUGCCUUCUGAUGGCAAGGAAAACUUUGGGCUUUUCCUCAACUUCGCUCCAUCAUGGAGGUUGCUAAUUGCAUCGCCUGUGUGGUCAUUGCCUUUCCAGGGUCAGGGUUCAUAAGUGAGCCCACGGCUCAGCAGCUUCAGACACCAGCUGAUCUGCCAUGGGCUUCCUUAGUUAGACUACAGAAGACCCAGUCUGAGGCCUCAGAAGGAGGUGAGCUCCUCGGGUCAGAGGCAGAGACAUGGUCCUGAAGUGAUGGUCCCAGCAAAGGUACCUUUGUCUUUGAAUCCUUGGGUCCUGCCUCCUUAGAAAUAAAAUAGCUCCUCUGAGGGGAGUUGGAAGAGGAGCGCCAGCCCAGGCCCCAGGGGCAGAGGGGGAAGGCUCACAGGACAGACCCAGAUGCUCUGGUUAGAGGGAGGGGGCUCACAGGAUAGCAGGUCCUAGAAGAACUGGACCUGCAGUGCCCUCUGUCCCUUCCUUCAGCUGAGAGAGAGCAAGGCUGACUCGGUGACUCAACUUCUAGCCACCAUCAAGAGCUGUGUGAUGGUGGUCAGUUGAACCCCUAUUGGAGGAGAGGGAUGAAAGUUACAGACGGAUGGAGGGACGCUGCCCUGCGGUAGUGCCUGCAAAGGCAGGAUCAGGCUGGAAAGAUUGACCACCUGCCUCACGGGACUUUCUCCACUCCUGACACAUUUGUGCACACAUCAUUAUAUUUCCCUCUUGUGCCAUGGGCUAUUUUUGUUUUGUUUGUUUGUUUUUUGUUUUUGACCGCCCCGCGCGCCAUGCGGGAUCUUAGUUCCCCAACCAGGGAUGGAACCCGCGCCCCCUGUGGUGGAAGCACAGAGUCUUACCCACUGUUCGGCCAGGGAAGUCCCCUGGGCUAUUUUUGGAUUUGAGUCAGUCCCAUAGUAUAAACAACCCACUUACCUGUAGCAGAAAUGUUGAAUCUCCUCUACCCUGACUAGAUGACCAAAGAGGUGUGUUUGGUUUCUGUGUGUCUGUGACCUUUCAGCGUGGUCUCUAGGUAGGCCAUCACCUAGCUCUGCUGCCUCUCAUUUUGAUGCUAGUAACUGGGUCUGGGAAGUGACUCAUUAAGCUGCAUCUUGCUGAGCCCUGUUGUCCUGAUCCUAAGGCAGGGAUUGCUACAGUAGCAAUGGUUAACAAAAGCUUCUUGCUGAAACUGUGUUUUGAACACCGCCAAAUAAGGGAGAGCAUGGCGAUCAAAUGGACAUAAUGGGAAAUAAGGAAGUAUUGGGGCGGGAACAGGGUAGCGGUGGCCCACUGAAGGGCCGAAGGAGCCUGGCGCAAGGUCAGUGGUUUCCAGCUCCAUGAGGAACUGACCAAUGCCUGGCCCUUAACCUCCCUCUACCCGCCGCCUCUCCUCCCUCCUCGCCCCUCCCUUCUGCCCUGCGCUCAGCUCUGGUUUGUCUCCUUCCUCCAAACCACAGCAAGCUGUCCCUGUCCUCCAGACUUUGCUCAGGGUCUAUCACCUCCAGGGCUCAGUGUGAUAAGAGGUGAUUUGUAAUAAUUUCUCCUUUCUAUUUUACUAGUAAAUGAUAUUGUGAAAAAUGAAAAAAAUGCAAGUAAAUAAAAGAGGAAAGGUGGAGUUACCACUGGAAGAUCUCCAUCCUUUGUCAGGGCGGAGCCACAUGGCCGUGUCCCAGCCCAUCACUGGGCUAAAGAAGAGUGUGCUGUUGCAGGAAACGUUGACCUUCAGGGAUGUGUUUGUGGACUUCACCCUGGAGGAGUGGCAGCAGCUGGACGCCACUCAGAAGAACCUCUGCAAGGAUGUCAUGCUGGAGAACUACAGCCACCUUGUCUCCGUGGGAUUCCUCGUGGCCCAACCAGGUAGGACCUUCAGGUUGGGACAAGGAGAAGAGGAGGCCAGGAUGGCAGCUGGAGAAAGCCCAACACGGAGGUGUCCAGUAAAUGAUAUUGUGAAAAAUGAAAAAAUGCAAGUAAAUAAAAGAGGAAAGGUGGAAUUACCACUGGAAUAUCUCCAUCCUUUGUCAGGGCGGAGCCACAUGGCCGUGUCCCAGGAAAUGUUGACCUUCAGGGAUGUGUUUGUGGACUUCACCCUGGAGGAGUGGCAGCAGCUGGACGCCACUCAGAAGAACCUCUGCAAGGAUGUCAUGCUGGAGAACUACAGCCACCUUGUCUCCGAUUCCUCGUGGCCCAACCAGGUAGGACCUUCAGGUUGGGACAAGGAGAAGAGGAGGCCAGGAUGGCAGCUGGAGAAAGCCCAACACGGAGGUGUCCAGGUGAGCCCGUGCCGGGCCAGUUGGGCCAGGGCAAGGGGACCUGGUGGGUCAGGGAGAGCUUGGCCUCGGGGGCGCGCCCAGGAGUUCUUCUCAGAAACCCCAGACUUGGGGACACAAUUCGGGUCUGAUGGAACGAGCUGCUGUGAUAGCCACACGAUGCCCUACCUGCUGCCCCUCUGCAGCCCCUUGUUCUUGGGGUUCAGACAGAGGCAGCCACUGCUGUUCUGUAGAUCCCGUCUCCACCGUCCAGCAUCUGGGUGGCUAGGGAGACGUGCCCAGCCUUGUCUCCUUCCUCCUCCCGCUCCUUUCUGGAAGCUGUUGGGACUUUCCCCAUCUCUUGGGCAUUUGUGUGUUCAUCAGAAGACAAGCAGAUGGAGGGGUGAUGUUUCCUCUUUACUUGGCAUACUGUGGGCCCUCGAAGUCUGAAACGCAGAGUCUUUAACCUCAGGGAAAUUAUCCUACCUGGUUUACUGGAGUUGGGAUGGACAAAAAAAAAGGCUUUGCUAGUGGCCUUCAGCUCUACCAGGCAAGUGAGAAUGGUCUCAUGGAGAUUGUCCUCCAAUAUUUAUAAUGAUAUAAUAUCAAUCCUAUACAAACCCUUUAGGAAAAUAAGGAGGAAAUAAUUCCCAGCAAGUUUUUUAGACCAGCAUUACCCUGACACCUGACCAAGAAAUUAAAGGGAAAGAAAAGUACAGACCAAUAAAUCUCAUGAAUAUUUAUGUACAAACCCUUGACAAAAUAUUUAGCAAAUGGAAUCCAAUAAUAUUUGAAAAUGAAUGCAAGGUUAACAUUCA